AUGGAAGUUCGCGACAUGGAAGGAAGCUCCUCCGAAACCCUGGCAGAUCUCAAGCUUCAAAAUCCUGCAGAUGUGGACGAAGCUGAAGGGCUGGGAGCCAAAGUGGCAAAGUCCCAGCGGUUUAUUGCGGAUUAUCCGCCUUUGGAUGGCAUGGUGACCAUGACGCCGCAGUCUGGCUUUGCCGUCACCACUGCUUUCGCAGGAUCAACCACAGGUUGGGUCGACGAAGCAUUGGAGAACAACACGUUCGCGUUUUACAUUUUCCCUUACGAACAGAACGGCACAGUUUCUGCCGAUGGAGCUGGAGGCAUCACAGUCAAUGGGGCGUUCUCACAUCCUUCAGUGGAUUUCACGGACGCUUCCAGUCCAAGCUUUUGGACCAAGAUGGGUGGAACUUUCCUGAAGAAUAUCUCCGCCAACGCUACUCCAUGGAACGUUUCCGUCGCAGCCGGCGUUUACUUCACCGCGGCGGUUGCCAGAGACCCCUUAGGAGCAAUUUCAGUUGCUUACGCACCAGGGCCCGUGGUAGAAGUUCCAGCAGGCGGCCUCAGCGUGGCAGAAGCCAGUGCUGCGAUAGACGCAGCAUUGCAGAGUGCAGAUCCUGGGGUGAUUUUGGGAAUGCUGGACUCCUUGACCUCGGUGCCACUGGCCACGAACGACACGGCUGGCCAGGAGGAAGCCAACGCGAAGAAGUUUGAGGCUCUGAAGGUGGCCUCGGAUAUUGUAGAAACAGAUGCUGGCAGCCUUCAGAAGUUCGGCAGCGUGGUGACUGAAGUCUUAAAGUCCUCGGGAACCAAUGGCAGUGCGACUGCUGAUGCUGCAUCGGCUGACCAAGCUUCCGAUGCACUCACCAACGUGCUUGAAGCGGCGCUGGGCGCAACAGGUGUGGAUGAGGCUGCUGGCAAUGCCUUGCUGAGCUCCAUCUCUGCCGUCGGAGACAGCUAUGCCGCAGUGCAGACGGGCCAAGCGGAAGCUGCUGCUGCCAGCCGUGCCGCAAAGCUUGAAGUCAUGACCUCGCAACUGGGCAGCGCGGCCCUGGCGACGACGCCGGUGGGCGGCUCCACCACGCUGAGCUCCGUGGAUGACACGGGCAAGGGCCUCGAAAUCAAAGUCCAGAAGGAGGACAUCGGCGCAGCUGUUGAAAAUGGUAUUACUGGCGAGGGCUUGCAGAUACCUGGCAACGCUUUGAGUGGCCUCAGCGGCCGACGUCUUCAAAGUGGGUGCACCACUUUGGCUGUCCAGCAGACUGAUUGGGUUCAGAGCAACCCAUUCGGAUAUCUCAAUACCAGUGUGGGUAUCAACCUCUACGUUCCAGCAGCUGCGACGGUGAAAGUGUUGGAACUCAAGCAAUGCGAUACCAUAGUGACUGUCCCGAACCUGGCUGAACCCAUCGCGAUGACUUUGCAUCUGCCCUCGGCUCCAGAUCCGGCUACCGCUCCAGAGGGCUACGUCUUCGAGGCGGUCUGUGCUAUGUUGGACCCGCUCCAACAGGCAAUGCAACAUGACCAAGGCUGGUCGACCAGCGUCACGUCCUGGUUCCUGCCCACCAGCUACACAGCCACUACAGUCGACUGCCUCGCAACAACGUUGGGUGGUGCUUAUGCUGGCAUCUACCUGCCAGUGCCGCUCGCAACGGCGACCUCCAGCUCGACUCGGACGGUCUCAGCCACUUCGACCGGGACGUCGACCACCCCCCCCGUCAUUGAGCCUGAACCUUCAGACACUGGCAUGGUGGCUGGAACUUCAGUCGCCUCGAUUGCCUUUGUGAUUGUGAUUGGGUUAUGCGCCUGGCAGGCGUAUGCUGGAAACGUGAACCUGAAGGUGAAUAUCGAUACCAAAGCCUCUUGCAAGUGGAUGGCCGAAUCAGUGCAGAAGGCGAAGAUUCGGGUGCAGCCCGUCGAGCCACCAAGCGGGCCCACACGAGCCUGGGAAGAGCCAUCUGCGAAACCGCCGGAGGAGAUUCAGCCAGGUCCACACUCCCAGCGUGACGCACAGGAGCACUUCUGGGAUUGGGCACGAGAUUUGGCACAGUCUGCUUCGCAGCCAGAUUUGUCCCGUGGCAGCUCCUUUGGAUUCGGCCAGUCUGUGGCAGGGACACCUCCAAGCAUUCCGAGGCCACAUUUCCCCGUGGCAAGGCAAUCGGAUGAGAAGGAGGAGUAUUUUCAAUCCUUUGCCCAGGAACUCAGUGAUAUUAUCGGGUCCGGCGUGCCGAAUGCGGUCGCAGAUGCUCCUGCCAUGCCCAAGACGCCUCCUCCACCGCCUCCAAAGCGUCCGUCGAUUGCAGAUGUCAACCCUCCGGCACCCCCCUGGUCACAACGAAGGCCGAGCCUCCAAAAGUCCACAACACCACCUCUCCUACCACCCAUGCUAGAGAAUGCCGAGCGCAUUGACGUGCGAGUAGACCAAGCCUUUUCUGAUUGGGCUAGCGACUUUGCCCUCUGCAGGCCACCAAGCCCCACACAGGCCAAGGGAAUACCUCCACCUCCCCCACCCCGCCGCUCUGCACCUGCGCAGAGCACCCUGCCUUUGCCGCCACCUCGGCCUCCGAGCAUUACGAGUGGGAGCGACAGUGGCAGACCAAGCCCCCCGCCAAUACCAUCCAUCCGCGAGAACGAUCCCCAUGAGUGGAAUCAGCUCUCACAUCGCCCAAGCUUUGCUUCCAUUCCACCAGCGAAGUCCACUGAUGUGCCGCGGCCUCCGCCACCGCCAAUACCGCAGGGAGACCAACCGAGGCAGCCCAUCGUGCCACCAGCACCAAGCGAUCGCUUCCUGGGACUGGGACCACCUCCGCUCUCUAGCGCACCAGCCCAGCCGCUUUUACCACCUCCCCGACCCAGCGGCAGGCUCGACAAGCCAGUGACUCCACCAGUGAUGACGCGUGGCGACCACCCGCGCGUACCGCUCGUGCCACCGUCAGUCAGCGCGGUGAGGCCGGGAAUGCAGUUGGCGAUGCCUUUGCCCAAACAACAGCCUCUCCAACCACCGGGAGUGCCUGAAGGUGUCGAGGAUGAUGAUCUUCCUCCCAGAAGCUCAUCAGAUAGUGAGCAGAAUGCCUCCACUCCUCGAGAAGCUCCUGCCUGA